AUGACUCACUUGCCAGUAGGGUACUAUAUCGUUGUCGUGCAGGACCUGCUCUUCAUUCUCUACACUUCUGGUUCCACAGGAAAACCCAAGGGUGUCGUUUAUACCAUUGGCGGAUACCUCCUUUGCGUCGCCCUUACUGUGAAAUAUGUUUUCGACAUCGACCCAGAUGGCAAGUUCGCCUGCAUGGCUGAUAUCGGUUGGAUUACUGGACAUACCUACAUUGUUUAUGGACCACUCGCAAAUGGAGUCAGCACCACCGUCUUUGAAUCAACUCCAGUUUACCCCACGCCAUCCCGCUACUGGCAGACCGUCCAGAAGCACCAGCUUACCCAGUUCUAUUCUGCUCCUACUGCCAUUCGCCUCCUUCGCAGACUCGGCGCUCAGCACGUGGAGAACCAUGAUCUUAGCAGUUUGCGUGUCCUUGGCUCUGUCGGUGAGCCUAUUAACCCCGAAGCAUGGAACUGGUACAACGAACAUGUCGGCAAGAAGCAGUGCGCUAUCGUGGAUACGUUCUGGCAAACUGAGACUGGAUCGAUCGUCGUUACCCCAUUCCCUGGUGCGAUUGAGACUAAGCCUCAUUCUGCAACUGUUCCCUUCUUCGGUAUUGAGUCCGCUAUCCCGAGCCCUGUUAGAAUUAGAAGGAAACAACUUCCCGUCAUCAAGCAGCCUUGGCCUUCAAUCGCCCGUUCUGUAUACAACGACCACAACCGUUACCUGGAGACUUACAUGAAGCCAUACGCUGGAGCCUGCUACAAGGGGAACGGCGCCGCUACAACUGCUGAGAUCGAAUCUGCCUUGAUCAUGCACAAGGGUGUCGCCGAAACUAUAGUCAUUGGUACUGCUGACGAGUUGACGGGACAGGCCGUAUUUGCCUUCGUCACACUUAAACCACAUACCAGGGAAUUCACGUAUGACCACAAUGAUGAGGCUUCCCUGGCUAAGGAGCUCGUGCCCCAAGUUAGGAAGGUGAUUAGUCCCUUCGCGGCACCUAGAAGAUCUUCAUCGUCAGUGAUGCAAGUCCAGGCCUGCGUCUUCCUCGACGAUCAUUUAAUGACUCAUGUCGAUGCAGAUCAUGCAUAA